AUGUCGCUGAACAGCUACCUCAACAAGAAAGUCUGCCUCAUCCUCGUCGACGGCCGCUGCAUGGUCGGCAACCUCAUCUCCUGCGACCAAGUCACCAACCUCGCCCUCGAAAACUGCGUGGAGCGAGUGAUUCGAAGCCCCGACGAGGAGGAAGAGAGCGAGGAGGAGCCGAGAGGAUUGUUCAUGGUAAGAGGAGACAAUGUCGUGGUCUGCGGCUUGGUGGAUGAGGAGCUGGAUGGGAGUAUCGAUUGGACCAAGGUGAAGGGAGCGGAGAUUGGGACGACCAAGCAUGUGUAG